AUGUACUCUAACCAACGUUGGCGUGAUGUUACUGACGAAGCAAUUGAUUUGAAUUCCGUCCAAACAGGAUCUUCUCGUUCACCUGUCAACCAACUCGAUGAUGAUGGAAGUUGUUGUU